GAUCGUGAAGAAAAUCCUCAGCUAAAGUUGUUAUUGACAGCAACUGAUGGAGGCAAACCUGAAUUUACCGGAUCUGUUUCUUUGCUGAUCCUGGUGUUAGAUGCCAAUGAUAACGCUCCUAUCUUUGACAGACCGGUUUAUGAAGUUAAGAUGUAUGAAAAUCAAGUGAACCAAACAUUAGUUAUAUGGCUCAACGCUUCUGAUUCGGAUGAAGGAAUAAACAAGGAAAUGAUGUAUUCAUUUAGCCCUUUGGUCCCACCCACGAUAAGAAGGAAGUUUUGGAUAAACGAAAGGACGGGAGAAAUAAAAGUAAAUGAUGCUAUUGACUUUGAGGACAGUAACACUUACGAAAUUCAUGUAGAUGUUACAGAUAAGGGAAACCCACCUAUGGUUGGUCACUGUACAGUCCUAGUGGAACUACUGGAUGAAAAUGAUAAUUCACCUGAGGUGAUUGUCACUUCUCUGUCUCUCCCAGUGAAAGAAGAUGCUCAAGUGGGCGCCGUCAUUGCCCUGAUCAGCGUUUCUGACCAUGAUUCAGGAGCCAACGGACAGGUCACCUGCUCUCUGACGCCCCACGUCCCCUUCAAGCUGGUGUCCACCUACAAGAAUUACUACUCGUUGGUGCUGGACAGCGCCCUGGACCGCGAGAGAGUGUCGGCCUAUGAGCUGGUGGUGACCGCGCGGGACGGGGGCUCGCCUUCGCUGUGGGCCACGGCCAGCGUGUCCGUGGAGGUGGCCGACGUGAACGACAACGCACCGGCGUUCGGGCAGCCCGAGUACAUGGUGUUCGUAAAAGAUAACAACCCGCGGGGCUGCCACGGCUUCAUAGUGUCCACGCGGGACCGGUACGCUCAGGAGAAUGUGCUGUUGAUGGAACAGCGGGUGAGUGAGCGCGCGCUGUCUAGCCAUGUGUCGAUGCACGCGGAGAGCGGCAAGUUGUACGCGCUCCAGCGACUGGACCACGAGGAGCUGGAGCUGCUGCAGUUCCAGGUGAGAGCGCGCGAAGCUGGCAUGCCGCCUCUGGGCAGCAGCGUGACGCUGCAGGUAUUAGUGCUGGAACGACAACUUUGUCGGCGCUGCUGGCGCCUUGGGUGGGCUGGCGGCGCUGUGAGUGAGCUGGUCCCUCAUUCAGUGGGUGCAGGCCACGUGGUGGCGAAGGUGCGCGGGGUGGACUCCAGCUACAGACGUCUGGUUGUCACAAGAGCUGCAUCUGUCAACUGGCAGCACCCGUUCCACGUGGGGCUGUGCUUGGGCGAGAUCAGCACGAGUACCCUGAACGAAGUGAAAGUUACGCGCCACCGCCUGCUGGUGCUGAUGAAGGACCACCGCGAGCUGGCGCUGACUACCACAGUCACCGUGGUUGUGUCGCUGGCGGAGAGCAGACGGGCGAGGAAAGUCUCAUCGCAUGCGUUGGCGGGCGUCGAGGCCCAGGAGGCAGCGCUGGUGGAUGUCAACGUGUACCUGAUCAUUGCCAUCGGAGUGGUGUCCAGCCUGUUGGUGCUAACGUUGCUGCUGUACACGACGCUGCGGUGCUUGGUGCCGCUCACCGAGGGCUCAUGCACGCCAGGCAAGCCCAGGCUGGUGUGCCUCAGCGUAGUGGUCUGGUCUUACUUGCAGCAAAGGAGAUCUUACUUCGAAGAGUGGCCGCCCAAGGUCAACCUUAUGGUUUUCAGUCCUACUGUUCCCCGUGGUUCAGGUUUUGGAGACAGACUUCAAUAGAAAAAUUUUGAGAAUGUAAGUACUGUAAUCCUGGAAAGUAUUUCAUUCCUAUUAAUAUCCCUCAUGGUUACAUUGAUAAUGUUUACCAAGUUAUUGUUUAAUUCUAUUGCUUUAUUUAUUUUGCUUUUGUUUUUCUUUUGAGAUGGUUUAUUUAAAGUACAUUGGGGCCGGGCGCAGUGGCUCAUGCCUAUUUGUAAUCCCGGCACUUUGGGAGGCCAAGGCAGGAGGAUCACUCGAGGUCAGGAGUUUGAGACCAGCCUGGCCAAAAUGGUGAAACCCUAUCUCUACUA